AUAAUUACCAGCUCACUCCUUUUCAGUAAACACUUUUGAGGCCACUUCUCUGGGGAAACACCAUUAGUAGAGCAUUGAUACUGAGUUUUUGGAGCUUUUGAAGCAAAAGAAGAAAACCAAAAAACAAAGCCAUGGCUGCUGUUGGGAUUCAGAUUCUGGGCAUUGCCCUAGCCAUAAUCGGAUGGAUUGGAACUAUUGUCAUCUGUGCUCUGCCCAUGUGGAAGGUGACGGCUUUCAUCGGCAGUAACAUUGUGACAUCUCAGACCAUCUGGGAGGGACUCUGGAUGAACUGUGUGGUGCAGAGCACCGGGCAGAUGCAGUGCAAGAUCUACGACUCCUUGCUGGCUCUCCCUCAGGAUCUCCAGGCAGCCCGGGCCUUGGUUGUGAUUUCUCUUUUGGUGGCCAUUUUUGCUCUCCUGCUGUCCAUCGUUGGAGGAAAGUGCACCAACUGCGUGGAGGACGAAUCCACCAAAGCCAAGAUCUGCAUUGUCUCAGGCAUCAUCUUCAUCAUUGCUGGAGUCCUCACCAUGAUCCCUGUCUGCUGGUCUGCCAACACCAUCAUCAGGGACUUCUACAACCCUUUGCUCACUGAUGCCCAAAGAAGGGAGCUUGGCGCUUCAUUCAUUCUGAUGGCAUCUGUUGGGAUUCAGAUUCUGGGCAUUGCCCUAGCCAUAAUCGGAUGGAUUGGAACUAUUAUCAUCUGUGCUCUGCCCAUGUGGAAGGUGACGGCUUUCAUCGGCAGCAACAUUGUGACAUCUCAGACCAUCUGGGAGGGACUCUGGAUGAACUGUGUGGUGCAGAGCACCGGGCAGAUGCAGUGCAAGAUCUACGACUCCAUGCUGGCUCUCCCUCAGGAUCUCCAGGCAGCCCGAGCCUUGGUUGUGAUUGCUCUUUUGGUGGCCCUUUUUGCUCUCCUGUUGUCUGUUGUUGGAGGAAAGUGCACCAACUGCGUGGAAGACGAAUCCACCAAAGCCAAGAUCUGCAUUGUCUCAGGCAUCAUCUUCAUCAUUGCUGGAGUCCUCACCAUGAUCCCUGUCUGCUGGUCUGCCAACACCAUCAUCAGGGACUUCUACAACCCUUUGCUCACUGAUGCCCAAAGAAGGGAGCUUGGCGCUUCAUUGUACAUUGGAUGGGGUGCUGCUGCUCUUCUGAUCCUUGGAGGAGGUCUGCUCUGCUGCAGCUGUCCCCCUCGGGAAAACCAGCCCUACUCUACUAAAUAUUCUGCUGCCAGAUCUACAGCUACAAGCAAGGCUUACGUGUGAAACUUAACAAGAGUUAAAGAAAGGACAUGUUGUAGUUGGACUGUGCGUAUGUGUCAGUUUUCUACCUUCUCCUGCCUUUUUGUUUGUGUGUAAUUGUGUGCUUUCAUCUGCUUUGCUACUUUGUACAUAAAAAUGCUAAAAUAUGGUACUUCAUUAUGUUAAAAAGUGCCACUAAUACAUGAAUUUGCUGGCUCAUUUGUAUAUCAGGUACAUCUAACUGCUAGCAUUUGCAAGUAAGAAAAAACAGGGAAAUAUUUUACAGCUUUAGAAAUAAUUACAUUUUUGAUGGCCGUGCUCAGAAUAAGUGUUUAUUUUAUGUAUAAAAAACUGUGAGAAACAACUUGGAAUAGAAGUUUGGAACUUUUAGAAAGUUUUCUACAAGAGCCUAACUUAUUUUUGGAAGCUAGUAAAGUGGAAGCAUUAUUUUUUAAAUACAUUUCAGAAUUUUAGCAAUGCAAACAUUUAAUUUGUGAUUUUUCAGAUAACCAUGCAUAUUUAGUUUAUUAAGAAACUUUUUGUCUUUGAGUAGAUUCAUAUUAUUGGAUCGACAAUAAAAAAAAAAAAAAUUAUAUUUGCA